CUAACUUCCCUGCCCUCUAAUUCUAAUUGAUUCAAUUAACCUAUUAUUCUCUAACUGACAGUCCAUAAUGGAGUCUGUCAAUAGCGAGCCGACCGUACUAGAGUACGCACGAUUCCACGGCCUAUGCAAAGACUACACCACCGAACCGCUCCUCGCCCGCAAUAGCCUCAAUUCCAUCCACACCCUCACUGCCAACGAUAACAUCUCAGACCUCCCAUUCACUCAACAGACCCUCAACGCAAUCCUCAAAGAGCGACUCCACCUCACCAAAGAAGCCGCACUCCUCCUCCGCUCCUUCCACGACAUCCAAACCAAUCCUAACAGCCCAAUACACCUCACCGACUCUAAAUCAAACACUAGAAAACGCGCACGAGCCCUGAAACAAGAACUCCCACUCCUACGCUCCGACAACGAGCUCGAUCUCCUCCACUUCGGAAGCGUAGCCUUGCCGCUCCUAACGAACCUCAACAUCCCCCUCGAGCCCGUCGACGUCGAAUGUGACGAGGGGCUCGAAUGGCCAUCGUGGUAUGAGAAGUAUGUUCACGCUGCGCGGCGUCGGGUCGGCGGUGAGAAGUUAUCCGUGACGAGGGAGGACUUGAUGUUUCUGCAGGAGGCCGUGAGGGAUGGGGUUACGGAUGGGGAUCGGGAGAGGGUUAUUGCUCGAGAGAUUGGGUUUAAGAAGACGAACGAUUUCCUCGCAGAAAUCGUCCAUGACAGUAUCCGCGAUGACUCUCUCGUUGACUUGGACGCAAUGAAGUCAGUUGCAGAUACUGUCGACUCGCCAUCAUCCAAGCGCAAAGCAGAAGACCUCAAAGUUGAAUGUCCCCUCACUCCGCCCAUAUUCUCCAAUUCCCCAAUGAAGAAGAUGAAAUCGGUAUCGUUCCCAGAGUUGCUGCACGAGUACAUACCCGAGCUCCCUUCAAAGUACGAGUCUGGCGACAGUGUCAUUGGCUCGGACGAGAGCUUUUCGGUUUUCUUCAAGGCUCAGGCAGAAGAGGCAAACCGAAGGCUGAACAACGAGAAACUAUCUGAUGCCGAUACGACGAAGAGGGUGGAUGUUCCCAAGAUUGACUCCACACUUCCAUUAGCUCCGUGGGACGAGUUCUCCCGCUUGAAGGAUGAUGAACGCAGACCAGGUGAUACGGAGCUGGAUGCCCAGAGGAGAUAUCUGUUCCGUAUCAAGCGCGAAGAGUUCAAGGUACAUGCCUUAUGGAAUGGCGUGUCGGCAAUGGAAAGGUUUCUUGAGUGGAUUCCAUUCCCUUUAAACACGCCUUCCUUCAACCUUGCUGAAUCACUACACGGGGAAGAAGUCGUUGAGAAGCUGAUCGCCAAGCCAUCGGAAAAUGAAAUCGCGAACAGUUCUACUGAUCUGUGGAAGCGAGAUGGUCUCAGAUUGCUGGAGGUCGAAGAAGAUGAAGAAGGAAUCGAUCUCGGGGACGUUGAGGAGCCGACGGACAUUGAUGCACUGAUUAGAAAGCGUAAACUCGAGAUGGAAGAGGAGAUCGGUAGACUCGAAGUCAAGAAGAAAGCGGGAAUGGGCCACGAGCAUGCCACACAGGCAAUCGAGAAACCGAGUGCUGAUACGCGUGAGCCUGUUCUGACAGUGCAUCAACAGCCUGCCAAUUCGGUGGAGUUAGACCAGAAGAAGAAAGAGAGGGACAGCAGCCUUAUGUUCGGGGGUAUGCUCAGCGUUUCCGCGGCCAUGAAGAAGUUCAAACAACAAAUAGAGCAGCCAGCCCCGCAAAAAGGCACGGAGGACGAGCCCAGUUUCGUUGAGCCCGGAAAUGCUGUCGAAAAGAAAUAUGCAGAGGCUGAAUUUAUUGAACGAGACUUUAACUCACCAUUUAGCCCCUCAAAGGAGGCAGAUCUGAUACUAUCCCCAUCGACUGGAUUAAUUGUCACAAAUCUACAGCAAGUAAAACAACGGACUCUUCCAGGCCAAGUAGGAAGACCACCUUUGCUGGAAAGAGUGAUCCAUCUGCAAAAUCGAUACGAGCGACUUGUUGUCUUGGUCAGCGAAGGCCUUCGUCGUGAUGCAGAGAUGCAAGCUUCAAUCCGACUCAACGAUGCGCGUGACCAGGAGGCAGUGGCGGGUCUCGAGAAGUUCACGUCCAAGCUGCAAGCUACCAUUUCAGUGGUAUAUGUACCCGGUGGAGAUGCCGCACUUGCACAUCAGAUCGUGAUAGAAAUGGCGGGUCGAGGUCUACCUCAUGGAUCGAAGGACAUCGGCGACAUCAGGAUUUUGCAAGAUGAGACUCUGUGGGAACUGUUCCUCCGCCGUGCUGGUCUCAACCCCUAUGCUGCUCAAGUCAUCCUCGCGUCAUUGCGGGUUCCAGUUGAGUUCACGAUCGAACAUCACCCAACUGAGUCUAGCCCUUACUCAGAGUCUUUCAGUGUUUUCGGACUACAGGCCUUCGUUGCGAUGAGUUCGGAAGAACGCAUAAAUGAGUAUCAGGCGGUGAUGGGUGGGACACGCAUUCUCAAGCGAGUGAACAAGCUGUUUGAUCAAGAGUGGCCCAGUGCUACGAAUGACUUCCAGGUCUGA